AGCCGGGCGCUGAACAGCUCCUUGCUGGCUGGUCCUGGAGACGACUCCUUGGCUCGCCAUCCUGCCUCUCAUAGCCCUUCAGGUUCUCUGCCUCCUCAGGCAUGAUGACUCGACUGAAAGCUCAGCUUUUACUUGGCUUCCUAUGUCAAGCAGUCUGCUCCUUUGUGAAUGGUUUCCCCGUUGAUGCUUCAACUGAGUUCCGAUCUGCUUUCUCUGUUGCCCGAACCAGCAGCAUGGAAGGAAGCACAGAAAUGGUGAUCACCUUUGAUAAAGUCUAUGUGAAUAUUGGAGGUGAUUUUGAUCCUAAAGCUGGGUUGUUUCGAUGUCGUAUCCCUGGAGCUUAUUACUUCUCCUUUACAGUCGGGAAGUACCCCAGGAAAAAUUUGUCAGUCAUGCUGAUGAGAAACAAGAAUGAGGUCCAAGCAAUUGUAUAUGAUGAACACCAUCGUAAAGAACGGAAAGUGGCCAGCCAGAGUGCCAUGUUGCAGUUGGACUAUGGUGACACAGUCUGGUUGCGUUUACAUGGAGAUCCAAAAUAUGCCCUCUACAGCAAUGUGGGCCCCUAUACAACUUUCAAUGGGUACCUUAUCUACCCAGACAUAUCAAGCUAUUUUCAAAACACUGUGGGCUCCCAGGAGGUAGGAAAACCAUCAGGGCCUCCUCCUUCUCAUGUCAAUCAGCAAUUUUCCAUUAACCAGAAUGAAAUCUCAGAGAGGCACGUGCUUUCCGAUCAGCCAAGCAGAUCAGUGGAUCCUCGCUCAGCCUUUUCUGCUGCCCGUUCUGAAAGCCUCCUUGGGUCAGAUGAGAAGCAAACUCAGCAUGAACCCAUCACCUUUGACACAGAGUUUGUGAACAUUGGAAAAGAUUUCAAUUUCUCAAGUGGCAUCUUCACAUGUCGUAUUCCAGGUGCCUACUAUUUCUCCUUCACUAUUGGCAAGAUGCCUUUCAAGACCAUGUCAGUGAAACUGAUGAAGAACCACAAUGAGGUUCAAGCUAUGAUCUAUGACGACAACCACUCCAAGAGGCGGGAGAUGCAGAGCCAAAGCAUUAUGCUGCCUCUGCAGUAUGGUGAUACCGUCUGGCUGUACAGCCACCAGCAUGAUGGCUAUGGUGCCUACAGCAACCAUGGCAAGUACAUUACCUUCACUGGGUUCCUUGUCUAUCCUGAGACUAAGCCAAAACCACCUCCAGAUGUCAACGAGUUUCUGGGGUCAAGGCUUUAAACAAAAAUACAAAAAGAGCACAAGAAGUCAAGAGGCAGUGGACUUUAGUGCAGGUCAUGGACAGAAGUCACCCAUGACAAUGUGAAGAGCAUGCUUUUGUAUGUCCAUUGCAUUCCUCAUGCUGCACAACUGUGCCCUGCCUGCAGAGCCAUUGUUGUUUUUCUCAUUCAUCUGUAGAAUGACAUUUGCAGGCUAUAUGUGUUUGGUUCAUUAUUGCUGUUCAAUUUAAGCAUAAAGCAUGAGGUAGUUUGGGGAGUAGAAAAAAAUGGGGUGGUGAAAUGAGAAAGGGACAAAGGAAUUGCUGCAGGUGUGCUGAUAUUGUAAAAGCAUGUCCUCUCUACAAGGCUCUUGGGAAUCAAGAACAUUUUCUGCAAAUCCAGACAAACAUCCAGAGAGGAGGACUGAUGUGGUCAAACAAUGAACUCAGUAAAUCUACAACACUUUGCUUGUACAUGUGAGGUGGUGAUUCUUAAGACCUUUCAAUACAUUGUGAAGUGUGCUAUAUGUUAGAGCUGUCGGUCAUGUGAAUAGCUAAGUAAUCACCUGCCACUGAAUCAUUUACAAAGCAUUGGCUAAUUUAAAUAAAUGUGCAAAUUGCCAAAAUCUCAAUAUGAUUAUUACAAAAGUGUGAGUUAAUAAACAAACACUAUUCACUGUGUAAAAGGAAAGACGAGCUUCAAUUCCCCCUAUUAGUUAUCUCUGUUAAUGUAUUAGAAUAAAAAUGCUAACUAAAGUAUACAUGUAUAUCUUUAAAUGUCCCAGAAAUUAAAAUUGCUCUUGGAAAAUUAAUCAACUAUUUUUAGUAAAUUAAUCUACCAAUU